UUUGGCGAAGUUUAGUGACGGCGCGUGGCGUCGGAUCAUUAGCACGAUGGCGGUUUUGGCGCUGUCCUGGCUUUUCGUGUCUGCCGUGAUCGGUGCAGAGGCGACGAGGGACCAGCGAAAUGAACAUAAGAUAGUGUUUCAAUCGACGAUGACAGACUGUCUGAAACGGGACGUUAAUGCAGCUUGUCUCCAACCGCGACAGUGUUCUCAGCUUUGGCAGAUCAGUUAUGAAAGUAUUCAAGGGCGAGGAUCAGGAGAAAGACAGCAAUAA